CUUGUCGUCCGUGCUGCGAGCCUAGUCGAAUUUCUGUCUGAUCUCUGCCGUCCGUUCGCGCGACCGACCAGUCGCGUUUCUGCGUUCGGAUUCGCCGUGCGUCCUCGUCGCGUAUCUUCGAUAUGCUUAACCGGUCGCGCGGAUCGGGAGGAUGGGCAAGCCUGGCCCAAGGUGAACCAUAGUCAACGUUCUAUCAGUGGAAACGGCGUUGUCGGCAUAAACUCCGCCGAGUUGUCGAACCUGUGCGAAACGCGUGCCAUCUUACACAGGUUGUAUCCCCUUUGUAACAUCUCUGCCAGCAUCCGAAACAGUGUCGUGUUGGGCGAAUCUGCACUAGACGUAACAAAGGACCAGUGGAAUAUAGGGGCUCGGGUUCCAAGUGAUUGCUAUAAUACAGGAGUUCUUUCACAAGCGAAUACUUUCUGCCAUCGGUGAGAAUUUCAAUAAGUGUCUGGGCACCGAACAAAUUUCGAUAAACACCGUAUCGAUGCUGUAGCGGUGCGUGUUGAACGAGGGACACCACCUGUACCGUGAACAUCGGAACGAAACAAUAGAAGUAGAAGCUGUUGCCCGGAGACUGUGAACCCUCGAAAUUCCCGCCUUCGAAGUCGUGACCCCGUUUAAAAUGUUACCUCUUCGACUGGAAGAAGUGGAUUGAAAAGGGACAAUUCUGGGGAGAAAAUAGGAAUCAGUUUUUGCAGCUCGGUCGCAGCUGAUUUCGAAGAAUCUUCGGGGGAUAGAGGUUCCCGGGUCCUCUAAAGAAUAGAGAUGGGGGCCGACUGUGCGCGAUGAAUUCGAUAGAAUCCCCAGGGACAAAGGAACAUUACGUGCUAGUGUCAAACGGCAGUGUCCUGAACGGGCGGGAGAUUCGGAGGACAGGAUGUGAUGCCAUCGAACGAAUCAACGGGGACUAGAAACGAAUCAGAAGCAGUGUCUGGCGAGGCGGAGCACGACGGGAACGCGGCGUGGCCAGGGGAAAGUGAAAUCUUUCGCGUGCAAUUUUCCGCUGGAAGCCUUUGAGGUGCAGCAUCGCAUCAGGAUGACGAGGAGCAGUUUGAUCUUCGCGACGAUCAUUUCUCUCUCGUUGGCCGCUCCUGAGACGCGAUUAAAAAAAUGUUGCCCGCCGGGAGAGGCGUUCUGCAGCUUGACUACUCGGCCGGAAGUGAGCUGCUGCGUCCCGGCGAAGCAGAACGCGUCGGAACUUUACAACGUGGAUCACGAGGUCACCGGCCACCAGAAUGAAUUUCCGAUCUGCGAGCAACCGGAGGAUGUCAAUACGCUCCUCCUCCCGGCGCUGAACAGCACCGAUUUUCUACAGGCGCCGAGCUGUAUAGAAAUUCUGCACGUGGAACACGUGAACGAGAGCGCUCUAGUGGCCGUCAAUUGCCAGUCGAACCAGAAUGGAGCCAAGGAACGUGAACAGCCGAACGCGUCACCGUUACAGCUGUUGAAUAUCAGAAGAUGCUGUCCGAGAGAUACCAUGUUCGACGUAUUUACGAGAUCCUGUGUAACGAACGUAGUUUCCGGUGAAAAUAAUUCGUACAUUGACGAGUUCGUGUCGCUGUUGCCGAAAUCGGCAAGCAACGUGGCAUUUUUCCACGUGUCCAAGGGAUCGCCUGUUUGCCGGGUUGAUGCUCUGGUCACUUAUGAGGUCGCGGCGGAGGAUAUCAGCUCGGAGGGAGGAUUUCUCUGGGUGACGUUAUCGGAGAACGGAUCUCACGAGAAGGUGGCAGCAUCCAUCGACAACAGCUGCCUAGAACUGACUCCGAAUUCGAGGACGAGCCGGCGACUAGUUUUUCGGGUUUGCAGAAACUCGGAGUUCUGUCAGAAACACAGCUGCGUGAGGAAGUGUUGUCGAGAGAACCGCGUUUUUUCGAGGUUUCUCCAGUGCAUUGAUGUGGACGCGUCCUCAGCUCCGCGCCGUUUUUACGACGCGAUCUCGAAUCUCACGGAGGUUGCCUGGGACGGCACAGGAUACGAUCUGCUGGUUGGUCGCAAUUGCACUGAUGUGUAUAAAAUAGAGUUAGGAGAAAUAUUGGGUUUGACAAAAGAGGGAUAUCUCCGACAAGCUCCCACUUUGUUAAACGACCUCAAUUCCUACUGUCUGGAUGUACUGGGCAAUGGAUCGGUGUAUUCUUUGGUAUGUUUCCCAGAAAUCCAACCGGAGACAUCUAAUAUCAAGUAUAUAAUUACGAGUCUCCUAGAAGUAAUCAGCUGCGUCUUUUUAGUGUUGACGUUGCUGGUGUAUAUUUUUAUACCUUCCCUGCAAAAUUUACAUGGGAAGACAUUGAUGUGUCAUGCUGCGAGCCUCCUAGUGUCUUACAUUUGUCUUGCCAUAAUGCCAUGGGUGACACCACCGUCGGGAGUCUCCAACCUUAGUGAAAACAUAUUUUGUUCCAUACUGGGUUACGGGAUGCUGUUCUCGCUGCUGUCUGCUUUUUGCUGGCUAAACGUCAUGUGCUUCGAUAUAUGGCGGACUUUCGGGAGACUGCGCGGGAAUUAUAGCGGAGGACACUCCCAAGGCAAAAGAUACCUACUAUACUCUAUAUACGCAUGGGGCUUGGCAUUGUUCAUCACGCUAUUCUGCCUUGUGAGUGACAAACUGCCUUUCCUGCCGAGCAACGUCAAACCGAACUUUGGGCAGAUGAGAUGCUGGUUUUCAAGCAACAUGAUCGGCGAACUGAUAUUCUUUAGGGUACCAGUCGCGAUCCAGUUGACGUCGAACGUGGUGUUCUUCAUUCUCACGUCUGAACACUGUAGCAAGGUGAAAGCCGAGAUAAGCAAGGUGACCGACCCUUUGGAUUUCAGGAGCAAACGAUUUCACGCUGACAAAACCAAAUUAAUCAUGAACGUAAAGUUGUUCAUCGUGAUGGGGAUCUUGUGGAUUGCGGAGAGUGCGUCCUCAUUGAUGAACAAUUAUUCCACCUACCAUUGGAAGGAAUUAGUGUUUUAUUGGUCGGACGCUCUGAACUGUCUACACGGUUUGCUUAUAUUCAUCCUGUUCGUGCUGAAGCCCCGAGUGUACCAGGCCCUGAAGAAAAGGUUGGGGUUUCCAGAAAUAACGAAAUGCAACAGCCAAGGGACGUCCACAAUCCAAGAUCCAAGCAGAGUGAAAAAGAGUGCUAGCAACAGCACUCUAACGUCAAGUUUCGCGGUUAGCUUGGCACCUUGACCAAUCAACUAUGGAAUAUCACUGGAACCAACGGUUUGCGUUUUGUGCACCAAUCCGGGCAUAUAUCUUCCCGAGAACCGACCAAAUAUACUUUUUGUACCUUGCGAUACUUUGUUUUUCCCUUAUUUUUAUAUUACUUGUUGUUUUUCUUUCUUAUUUUCGUCGCUGUACAUUAUUGACGACGUAAUAAAGAUUGACAAUGCAAUUGA